AUGCCCGGGGAAAGGGCCGAAAUGUUACGUGGUGUGACCAAUCGGCUAGAUGAGCUGGAAAUCGUAAUGAAAGGCACUGAGGACCAUCGCACCAGAAUCUUGGUCGCUGUGGCCAAAAACCUACUUGAAUGGCGGGUACAGGUGCGCAAAAUGAAGUCGGUGUACGAGACAAUGAACAUGUUCAGCAUUGAUGUCACUAGCAAGUGCCUGGUGGCCGAGUGUUGGUGCCCGGUCAUUUAUAUACCCCAUAUUCAGGAGGCUAUGCUGGAGGCGCAGCGCGAGUCCCAAACGGCCAUACCGUCGGUGCUGACCCGUAUCGAGACUAUGGAGACCCCGCCCACGCUUAAUAUUACUAACAAGUUUACCACCGGGUUCCAGGCCAUUGUGGACGCCUACGGGGUGGGCAACUACGGCGAGGUUAACCCAAUGCCAUUCACGUGCGUCACCUUUCCAUUCAUAUUCUCUGUCAUGUUCGGUGACGCGGGUCACGGAUUGAUCAUGGCACUUUUCGGCCUAUGGAUGGUAUUGAAAGAACGUGGUCUGCAGCGAAAGGACUGGGGUGAAAUAUGGGACAUGUUUUUUGGUGGCAGAUACAUUAUUUUGAUGAUGGGCCUAUUUUCGAUUUACUCCGGCUUUAUUUACAACGAUGUAUUUUCCAAGUCAAUGAAUAUAUUCGGGUCACAAUGGAAAGCGCCUGACCUGCCCGAGAAUAGUACCGUGUUUUACCCGCAGAUGACCCUUGACCCCCAGAAUGAGACCUACGAGGACAGUUUGCCCUAUCCGUUUGGUAUUGACCCGAUAUGGCAAGUGUCCACCAAUAAGAUACUGUUCCUAAACACGUACAAAAUGAAGACAUCGGUCAUUCUGGGUGUUAUUCAAAUGAUGUUUGGCGUUAUGCUCAGCAUAAUUAACCACAUACACUUCAAGCGCUACUCGAACAUAUUUCUCGAGUUUAUACCCCAGGUGAUUUUCCUAGCUGGCAUAUUUGGUUACAUGGACUUUAUGAUAUUCUGGAAAUGGUUCCUGUACGAUUCUACCAACUCCGGUUGCGCCCCAUCCAUACUGAUCACCUUGAUCAAUAUGUUUUUGUUCAAGAGUGGCACCGACACUGAUCCUUGUUAUUUGAGCGUGCCACUAUAUGAAGGCCAGACACUUGUUCAAACUAUAUUGAUCGUAGUGGUGGUCAUAUGCAUACCAUGGAUGUUAGUUAUUAAGCCCUUUUGGUUACGCCACCUGUAUAAUCGCGCAAGAGGCCCGCAAAUCAUAUACAACACCGGUGUUCACGACUCGAGCCAAUCAAUCGAAAUGACAACAAACCGGUCGGAGUUUAAUAACGUUGAAAUUAACGAGAUUAAAGUCACCAUAGAUGAGCCUGGUAAUAGUAAGUCACCUCCCGGUGCUGCCACCGGAGGGGGUGGAGGCCAUGGGGGUCACGGAGGGGACGGCGAGUUUGAUUUUGGCGACACAUUCAUACAUCAGGCCAUACAUACUAUUGAGUAUUGUUUGGGCUCCAUAUCGCAUACGGCCAGUUAUCUACGUCUAUGGGCCCUGAGUCUGGCUCAUUCCCAAUUGAGCGAGGUGCUCUGGAAUAUGGUCUAUAUAAUGGGUUAUACGGGUGAGUUGAGCUUGAUAUAUAUAUUUUUUGCUUAA